UAAAAAGGGUCUUAGGUUUAGCCCACUUAACAUAUGAAGAUUUAAAUUCAGUUCUCACUUCCAUCGAGGCUACCCUUAAUUCUAGGCCUCUCACCCCAUUAUCAUCCGACCCUUCAGACCUUACAGCACUCACCCCCGCUCACUUCUUAAUCGGACGAACGCUAACGAUGUUGCCUUCUCCUCAGAGCUCUGACCCUGCGGCGAUACCUACUCUCUCACGAUAUAUGAGGAUUCAACAAUUAAAAGCCCAUUUCUGGUCCCGAUAUUAUAUAGAAUAUAUUACAGAGCUCCAGAAAAGACAGAAAUGGCGCAAGCAAGGCCAGCAACUCCAAUUAGGAGAGAUGGUGCUGGUGAAAGAUGACCGGCUGCCUCCCAACCGAUGGCUGCUGGGGCGCGUGACGCGCCUCUACCCCGGCUCCGACGGCGUGACCCGCGUCGCCGACGUACACACCACCUCGGGGACUCUUCGACGAGCCGCGCAACCGACUGUGCCCGCUACCAGUCAUAGACACGAACUUCGUUCCUGAGGCCGCAACAUGUUAACGCCUAGCAUGUGUUUGUGCAAACUAUAUAAUAUGAUGCACCACUCACACACGCAUACGCCAAGAAACCUGCCCGAUCGACGCGAGCCUACGGCUUUACCGACAGCGCCGCGUCCUUCACUCGUCCUCAAGCCACCAAAUGGAAUACGUGCUAUUUAACCUAUGAUUUUUUUACACCUUGUAGUUUUCUGGUUAUUAAACCAAUUUUUUAUUGAAAAGGUAUUAGCACUCAUUUCUUCGCCAAAUCAUCCCAGCAAUCAAGUA